CCUAUUAUUCUCAACCGCAAGACAUGGUGGCCAUUGAACAACUCGUUAAGGAAGCGAUUAACAACAACAAAGUUGCUGUUUUCUCCAAGAGCUAUUGCCCUUACUGCAGCAAGGCCAAGAAUGUUUUCAAAGAACUCGGACAAGAAUUCUACGUCAUUGAGUUGGAUCAGGACGACAAAGGUUCUGCCAUUCAGCAAUAUUUAGCGCAGCUCACAGGUCAGCGUACGGUGCCUAACAUCUUUAUCAACGGAGAACACAUUGGCGGCUGCGAUUCCCUUUUAGCCAUUAAAUCCAGUGGCAAAUUAGUCAAGUUGCUGAAUAACUAGAUAUGAAAUGCGUAUAAUGUUUGUUUUCAAUAUAUAAAUAUAUAUUUUUGUUUACAGUGUA